UGGCCCGCGCCCCCGAGUCUCCGCGCUCGCCCUCUGCUCCUGAGUCCUCCCUGUUCUCCGAGCGGUCCUGGGAUCCUGGCCCUGUGCGGAGCCCCCAUGGUGCUGGGGGAGGCUUCGGAGGGGGGCGAGGACUGCCGUCUCGCGAAGACACCCUCUUCCUUCCCCGGACCUGGGCUCAGUGCGGACUCAGGACCCCUUUCACCUCCCCCUCCCGGUCCUGCCCGAGGUCUCAGAAGGGAGCCAGACAGGGAAUCGGGUCCGCGGCCGGCUAGUCCUGGGUCUAGGAGCUGAGCGGGGAGGCAGGGAAGCCCGAACCGGAGGGUUAAGGGGUGGGGUGGGGGGACUGACUGAAGGCAGGGAAGGAGGAAGGCUCUGGCUAUGACGUCACAGGAUUAACCCUCUCUGCGCCCGGCCAGUUGCCGCCCCCAAAGGGGUAGAAGACUCGAAGCUGACUGGUUCUGCCGGGAUAAGUCCCCGGCAGAACCGGGGAGUGGACGCUUGGGUCGGUUGAUAGACCCCACCGGGCGUUUGAUCGUCCUGGGACAGCCACCGCACGUCGCGUGGAUGUCCUUGACAUUAACGUGUGGGUGGGCGUCGACUACGGGUUCUGGUGACCGUGUCAUGCGUGCGCUUACUUCAUAAGAAACCACCAGCGUAUUUGUGCACAAGGGUUGUGAUAUGAUCUGCCUCUUCUGCAAGUGCCCUGGGUCGGGGGCGGAGAGCUGGGUGCACACCGCCACUCGGCGGCGGCCGGGAACUAGGCAUCCCAAAGAUAAAACUUAAGUUUAUCAGGACUUAGAUUUGCCACCUACUGCUUUACUCCAUUUUCAGGUAGCCCUGACCUGGAGGCUGCGUCCAUACUGGCUUGCGUCUCCAAGAAUAUCCUCUCUGGAUACCUCUGUACUUUCGAUCUUGCAAUUCCUUCCUCCAGGAAUGACCUUCCUCGUUCUUCUCCUGGCUUACUCUUAAGCCUUCCAAAACUCUGCUCCAAUGUCCCAUCUGCAGAACCCUUGAUCUCAAGACCUGAUUGCCGUUUUAUCCCCACGGUCUGGUAAGUGAAGGGCUGAAUAGAGUGACUCGAAUCUGCGGGGCCUGGGUUCAGCUGACUACGCGGUUUCCACCAGGGGGCGCAAGAGACAGCGUCAUUUCACGACGUCCACCAGGGGGCGCUUUCUCCCGCCUCUGGCCGUCCGGGAUUGGGGAGCCAACCCGCGGAUUCGCCCCGCCUGAUCUGGAGAGGCACCACUAAACUAUUUGCAUAAUCUUGAAAGGGCUGCGCUGAGUGGUUGUGGUAUAGAAGAGAUUUGAAACGGGCUCUCUGAUUGGCGUAAGUUUUCCCUCUUGCCUCGUGUCCCCAUCCCGGCCCGGAGGUCGGUAGGAAGCCUCCGACUAGUGACGAGAGGGAACCUAGGUGUCCGGGCAGUGGGCCCUGAGGGAGUCGAAGAUGUGCAUCUAGAGACACCGCGACCCUUGCCACCUGACCCACACACCGAGGCCCUCUUUGCCACCCUGGUCACACCCACGCUGCCCGGGAGUCGCCCAUAAGUAGGGCCCCAGGGCUGGAGAUGGGUACCGAAAAUGAAAGUCCAGAACCGGACUGUCAGAAACAGUUCCAGGCCGCCGUCAGCGUCAUUCAGAACCUGCCUAAGGACGGCUCUUACCGCCCCUCCUACGAAGAGAUGCUGCGGUUCUACAGCUACUACAAGCAGGCUACCAUGGGUCCCUGCCUCAUCCCCCAGCCUGGGUUCUGGGACCCUAUCGGACGUUACAAAUGGGAAGCCUGGAACAGCCUGGGCCAGAUGAGCAGGGAGGAGGCCAUGUCCGCCUACAUUACCGAGAUGAAGCUGGUGGCACAGAAGGUGAUCGACACAGUGCCCCUGGGCGAGGUGGCAGAGGACGUGUUUGGUUACUUCAAGCCCCUGUAUCAGGUGAUCCCUGACAUGCCGAGGCCCCCGGAGACAUUCCUGAGAAGGGUCACAGGUUGGGAAGAGCAGGUACUGAAUGGAGAUGCUGAGGCCGCCCCAGAGCCUCGCUGCCUCCCCAAGGAACCAGCACCCCCAAGCCCAGAGUCCCAGCCACCCCGGGACCAGGACUCCGAGGUUUUCUGUGAUUCUGUGGAGCAGCUGGAGCCUGAGCUAGUUGGGGAAGAGCAAAGGGGCGCCGUGGGAGGAGAAACUGACACCAGAAACAGCCCCGAGCCUCCUGCAGAGAGAGGGAGACUGGAAGGCCCCCUUCUGGGGCCCCAGGAGUUGGACUCGUGGCUGGUGGGGACAGUCCGUGCGCUGCAGGAGAGCAUGCGGGACGCCCAGGGGAGGCUGCAGCGCCUGGAGAGCAUGCCUGUGCCCGCCGAGCAGCAGAUGCCCCUACCCAGUGCCAGGCCUUGGCCCCUCAGGCUUUCCGGCCCCACGCUGAUCUUCUUCCUCCUGUGGCCCUUCAUCGUCCAGUGGCUCUUCCGACAGUUUCGGACCCAGAAGAGGUGACUCUCGAUGGGGGAGUCUGCAGCCAACAGGAGGCUAUGAACCCUGUGUUCUGCUGUGCCCAGCCUUCCUAGGGUUUAGGAGAGCAGCAUUAACCCCCGUUCUCACCCCGCUUCCCGCCCCAAAUAGUGUUCGCCUUGACACCCCUCUCCUCGUGUGGGGGCCAGAUAAGACUCUACUCUUUCUGCAGCUCCACAGGGACUGUCCCUUCUGUCCCCCUCGACCGCCUCAGGCUCCCUGGGGAGACUGCCCUUGUGGAGCAAGUCCCCAGUUCGGGGUGGGCGGGUGAUCCAGGGGCGGAACUACCGGGUCUCAGCCUCUGCCCUCCCCACCCUCUGAGUCACCUGACUCCUCUCCCAACCCAGCCUCUCCCCGAGGAGGCUCAGCUCUUGGGCAAGUUGGGACUUCGGCCGGGCCCUGGAAGAGUGAUUGGCUGGCGGGCUGUGGGAGGGAGGCCAGGAGGCUCGACCGAGUUGGGGAAAGGCGGAGAGAGCUGGCCCCGCGGGAGGGCAGUCAGCUCCUUUUGGCUGGCCGCCCUAUCCGCAGAAAUACUCAGGACGUCCUCACUAAAGAUGCACUUACAAAAGAGUGUUUCACUAAAUAAAAUAAAACCUUCAUCUUCUGCC